AUGGCGUCGUCCGCCGCCGCCGACGCGACGCUCGCGCGCACGCUGCGUCAGUGCGCCUCCUCGCUCGCGGACGGGAGCGUCUCCUCGAGCGAGCUCCUCGCGCGCGCGUCGGCGCGACUCGCGCGUCUGCGCAGCCUCAACGCGUUCGUCGGCGGGAUCUUGCCGUCCGCGGCGGGCGCCGCGGCCGCGAGCGACGCGCGCCGCGCCGCCGCCGCGGACGGCGGCGGCGGCGACCGCGCGCCUCCGCCGUCGUCCCCCGUCGACGGCGCCGUCGUCGCCGUCAAGGACAACCUCGUCGUCCCCGGCGCGCCGACGACCGCGUCGUCGCGCGCGCUCCGCGGGUACGAGCCGCCGAUGAUCGCGACCGUCGCGGACCGCCUCGCGCGCGUCGGCGCCGUCCUCCUCGCGAAGACGAACAUGGACGAGUUCGGGAUGGGCUCUCACGGCGUCCACGGCGUCCACGGCGCGUGCGUCUCGCCGUGGAUGGCGCGCGGUCAGGAGGAGACGCUCCGCGGGCCGCGGUGCGCGGGCGGCAGCAGCGCGGGCGCCGCCGUCGCCGUCGCCGCGGGCGUCGUCCACGCGUCCGUGGGCUCGGACACGGGCGGGAGCGUCAGACUCCCCGCGGCGUACAACGGGCUCGUGGGAUACAAACCCUCCUACGGCGUCGUCUCUCGGUGGGGUCUCGUACCGUACUGCGCGUCGCUGGACACGGUGGGGUUCAUCACGCGAGACGUCGCGGACGCGGCGACGCUGUUGGAUAUUACUCAGGGAAUCGAUCCGCUCGACGCGACGUCCGUCGACGCGGACCCGCGGACGACGCGGCUGCUUCGAUCGCUCGGCUCGAGGCCGUCGUUUCACAUGCGCGGGUGGCGCGUCGGCGUCCCGGCGGAGUACGACGCGUGUGAGGUGUCGGACGAGGUGCGGAGAGCGUGGAGCGCGACGCUGCGCGCGUGCGAAGACUUGGGCGCCAUCGUCUGCGCGGUGUCGCUGCCGCACACGCGCGCGGCGCUCGCGGCGUAUUACACGAUCGCCCCCGCGGAGGCGAGCAGCAACCUCGCGCGGUACGACGGCGUCCGGUUCGGGUUCGGUGGUUCGAGGGGUGGAUUGUCGGACGAUGGGGGGAUACUGUCGGACGAUGGGAUAACGUCAGCCGACGCGGCGUCGGACGCGCGGGGGAAAGGGUUCGGCGCGGAGGUAAAGCGCCGCGUGAUGGUGGGGACGUACGCGUUGGGGACGGAGAUCACGAGCGCGUACUUCGAGCGCGCGAUGCGCGUCAGGGCGCUCGUCGCGGACGACUUCGCGGAGGCGUUCGGGACGAAGCCGCGACGCGGCGGCGGCGGCGGCGGCGGCGGCGGGGUCGAUCGACGGAACUUGCUCCUCGGCGCCGUCGCGCCGGGCGGCGUCGGCGCGGCGCCGGCGCCGGUGGACGUGAUCCUGACGCCGACGACGCCGACGACCGCGCCGCUGCUUCGUGACGUCCUCGCGACGAGCGUGCCGCGUUCGCGCGCGUCCACGGCCGCGUUCGCCGCGGACGUCAUGACCGUCCCCGCGUCGUUGGCCGGUUUACCCGCGAUCAGCGUCCCGGUCGGGCUCGGCGCGGACACCGGGCUGCCGAUCGGGAUGCAGCUCAUCGGCGCCGCGCGAGGGGACGUCGGGCUGCUCACGUUCGCGGCCGCGCUCGAGGCGCGCGUCGCGAGCUUAGGGUCGGAAGGCGGCGGCGGCGGCGGCGCGGGAGGGGUGAUCGGGUGGGGGGCGGAGCACGCGGCGCUCGGCGUAGACGACGCGGAUCGAUUCGCCGCCGCGGAGUGA